AUGUCUACGAAUUUAUCAAAAAAAGAUAAAAAAGAUAUUGGUUGGAAGUAUUGUUAUCAAAAUGAAGGGGAAAAAGCUGUUCGGUGCAAAUUUUGUCAUCAUAUAUCGAAUGGAGGGAUUACUCGCUUGAAGGAACAUUUAGCUCAAACUCAUAAAGGGGUUGCACCUUGUGUUAGUGUUCCAGAUGAUAUUAAGAAAGAAAUUAGAGAAUCACUUGACAAAAUUAGAGCAUCUAAAAGUAAACAAACUGAAUUGUUACGAGAGAUCGGUGAAGGUCCCCAAAGUAUGAGUACGCAAUCAUCAAAAGUUGGAAGUGUAGGGGGAAAUUCAAUUGGAUGUUCUGGUAGUGGUGAAUCAAAAGGUAAAGGUACUCUUCAUGGGUUUGUUAGUUCCGAACCUCGACAAACAACCCUAAAUUCGACAUACAAAAAAGAUUUGUUGGUUGAUGUGAAGCGUAGAAUUGGUCGUUUUAUUUACUCUGCCGCACUUCCGUUUAAUGUUGUGAAUGAUCCUUAUUGGCUGCCUAUGGUUGAGGGCAUUGCGGAAUAUGGAAGAGGGUUCAAGCCUCCUUCAAUGCAUGAGUUAAGAACUUGGAUACUUAAAGCUGAGGUUGAUGGCAUCAACCUAAUAUAUGAGGAGCAUAAAAAGGCAUGGAAAAAAUAUGGAUGCACUAUUAUGUCCGAUGGUUGGACGGAUGGAAAGAAUAGAAGUUUGAUCAAUUUUUUAGUAAAUAGUCCCGCCGACACUUUCUUUUUGAAAUCUAUUGAUGCAUCAGAUUCUAUUAAAAAUGGGGAAUUGAUCUUUAAAUAUCUUAAUGAUGUUGUUGAUGAGGUGGGAGAGGAAAAUGUAAUUCAAAUUGUCACGGAUAAUGCUUCGAAUUACAUUAAGGCGGGGGAAAAAUUAUGGAGACUAGACAUAGAAUUUGGUGGACACCUUGUGCGGUGCAUUGCAUUGAUCUAA